AUGGUUAAACUUGCCAUGUUUAUUCUUGGUUCUGUCUCAUUCAUGAUAAAGCAAUAUAUCGAGCAAUAUCGGAAAGCGGAUUUGGACAUGACCUUGACCGAGCUGGAACCGGAUCUUAGCCUACCAAGAAUACAAACUUACGAUUUUAUAAUUGUUGGCGCUGGCACGUCGGGAUGUCAGCUGGCGGGACGUGUUUCUCAAUAUUUCAAGGUUUUGCUUUUAGAAGCAGGCGGAAAUCCACCUCCGGCCGCGAAUUUGUUGCUAUUGGAAGAUUUUUACGGUACAAAUGGACCCAUUUCUGUAACUUCGUCUAACUCACCAGCGCUUGGAAUUUGGCUGGCGGCCGGCCGUGAGUUAGGAUUCCAGGCGGCAGACUCGAAUGCGUUCCAGAUCGAAGGUUUCACUCCUCUCGCCAUGUCGACUAAGAAUGGGGUAAAAUCCAGUUCUUACACUAGCUUUAUUGAAGGAGUGGAACGAAACAAUCGUAAUUUGAGGGCAUUGAGAUAUUCCCAGGUUCAAAAGAUUCUAAUCAACGAAAACAAGGUCGCGUACGGGGUGACGUAUUUGCGACACGGAAUUCCACAAAUUGCUCACGCUUCACGAGAAGUCAUCAUCUCUGCGGGGGCUGUACUUUCACCGAUAAUGUUGAUGAAAUCGGGCAUUGGCCCUGCAAAUACGCUUCAAUCUGCAAACAUUCUACCAUCCAUAACCGGGAAGUACAGGCUGAGAACGCUUUAUUUUAAACGUCGAGCGUUUUUGGAAUUAAUCCCAAUCGUGCAAGAUCUCCCCGGAGUCGGACAAAAUCUAAUGGAUCAUGCCUCCAUCCAAUUCCAAUUUCAAAUUCUUAACCCAUCCGCAGUCCAAGCACUAAAUCCAUUAUUGUCCGAUGCUGGCUGGGAGGAUUCACUUAUCAAGUUUCAGACUCCAGUGAGAACAGGAGCAAUUGUGGAAAACACCCGCCAGCAAGCGUUCAUGGUUUAUAUCAACGCGGAAUUUGGGAGACCUAAAUCCAGAGGGUGCGUCAUCCUGAAUACUGACGCGUAUUCUUCUGGGGAAAUAGACGAUGAGAAAUUGGUCAGUCUUGACCUGGGAAGUUUUACAGAUCCGACUGAUAUAGAUGUUCUACUUGAAGGUUGGCAUUAA